UUCAGUGUCCGUCACUGCUUUAGUGUGUAGUGCUGUUUCUUUGUGAGUUUCACUAUGAAAAACACAGGACUUUCUGGACUUACGCUUAUUCCUCUUUCAAUGACUGUUGGUCAGGCUGCUGCCUUGCAAGAAUUCCAAAUCUGCUAUAUCCUGGAUGCGGUUCUUUUCAUUUAUGGACUUGUCCUAACUGUCCUUUACUGCAGGAUGAAGAUCAUGAAUGAACGUGCAAAAAACAACGUAAACGCAAAGAAGGAGGCCUCAGAAGGGGUGUAUGAAGGACUUUCUCAUCAGACUCAGGACACCUAUGACUCCAUUAACAUGAAACGUUCCAAAUCAUAAGUCAGACAUGACAAGAAAACAAAUGGAUUUUAACCUCUUUUCCUCAUUUUUAAAUGUAUUCAUCUUUCUCUAUUUAACAAUUUCUCCUUUCCUAUUGUAUAGACUAAUAUAAAGAACUAAUAUAAUGUGAUAUAUGUGCUUUGUACUGCUGAAUGUAUAUGAUUUUUAUUUUAGUCAAAAGGUUUUCUGUAAGCAUUUUAUCAAGUUAUUUUAUACAUACUGUAUAUCUAUCUGUCAAACAUGUACACCCCUUUCUUUUAAAUAUCCAAAAGUGUUUCAUGAUAAUUUUGCUGUAACAGGGCAGGUCGUGCCUCACUAAAGAGAGAAUGAGGUGUGAUCCUUACACACCUGAAAGAGUAAAAAAUGGAACUCAUUUGUAGAUAUUAAUUUAAUAUUGAAUAAUACUAUGGCAAAAAAAACCCCAAAAAGAAACAAUUGCGGUGGCCAAAUGAUUAGAAAUAAAGUAACAACUUAAAAACACAGUACAUCUGCAGCCCUCAACGGAGAAAUAAAUAGAAAAAAGAUAGUGCAUAAAUUAGAACUGGAUGCUACAAUAUGACAGGCCACUUAUGUUGUACGCGACAACAACAGUUCUAAGAAACAGAACAGACAAGGAACUAUCAGAAGCUGCUGUCUCAACUGUAAAUAAGCAGAACCCUUUAUUCUUCCGCUGGCACCUCCUGUCCAUAAAGUGGUUUUACAAGUGGUAAAAGGGACGCUGCGGCGCUACUGGGGCAAUCUGCUUUCCUAGAGCGUCUCCCUUGUAGUGUACUUAAAUAAACUAAAUUAAAACUAAAUAAAUAAAAUAAAAUAAAAUAAACUAAUUUUUUUCUGAAUCAAUUACUAGAAAUGACAUAGUAGGUAAGGCUUGAUAUAUUCAUGUAAACUGAACAAUUAGAAAAAUGUGUUAUUAAGAUCUAACAUUAAAGCAUCUACCUGUUUGACAACUGCUUAAAAAUGUAUUGCUGUAUUAUCGUAUGUAAUAAAGUAAAAUGUAUUACUGUAAUGUAUUACCACUGUUGCAACAGGUACAGAAUAUGGUAUGUAGUAUAUUACUGAUCUAAGGUUGCUAAGGUGGGUGUUGCUUUGCUGUUUUAA